AUGUCGCAGACAUUUGAAAAGGAAUGCGGCGUCCGUGGUGGGGCCCAGGGUGCCACAGGUGGAAUUUCCCAGAUUGUGGGCGGAGAGAAGGCAGCGCCCCUCGAGUUUCCCUGGCAGAUCUCUCUUCGGAUCUUCAACGUCACCGCCAACUACGAGAGAGGCCACACAUGCGGCGGGUCCAUCAUUAACAAACAGCACGUCAUGACAGCGGCCCACUGCGUUAAGCGGCUUGUCAUAAUGAUGCAUCCACUAUACAAUUCGAAGACAAUUACCUACGACUAUGCGAUCCUCAAGCUGAACAAAACCCUCGACUUCAAUGGCCAGGAGAAGCAUUUG